AAGGCAACGUCCCUUUCUCGCUCGCUGUGUCUUCUCCGGAGUAAAGGUGAAAGUCGAGCGCCACAGGAAGAACGUUAACUGAAGCGGAAGAAGGGAAGGCGAGGAGAAGAAGAUGGCCGCCGCUGCCGCAGCGCUACCAGGGGUACAGCAGGUCCCGCCGUUGGCGGGGAGGCCUGGGCGACGACUUCGCUUGCCGGUUAUGCCCGCCGCUCGAUGCAGCAUUGGCGGCGGAACACUUGCCCUCCCCAUGUUGGAUGAGCUCCGGAGGAACUGCGCUGCGCCACUUCCCCUCCUCCGCCGCGUCGCCGGCGCGAUGGUUGACGACAUGCGCGCGGGACUCGCUUGCGAUGGCGGGAGCAACCUCCCAAUGAUCCUUAGCUACGUCGACUCUCUCCCCACCGGUAAUGAGGAAGGCCUGUAUUAUGCUCUUGAUCUUGGUGGUACAAACUUUCGGGUCCUACGGGUGCAACUGGGUGGGAAGGCUGAGAGAAUCAUAAAAACGGAGUCUGAGCAAGUAUCCAUUCCACAGGAGUUGAUGUUUGGUACCUCUGAGGAACUGUUUGAUUUCAUUGCAUCUAUGCUUGGGAGAUUUGUUGAAACAGAAGGUGGAAGGUUUCACUUACCUCCAGGGAGGAAGCGAGAGAUUGGUUUCACAUUUUCUUUCCCUGUGAGGCAGACUUCCAUUGAUUCUGGUAUAUUGAUCAAGUGGACCAAGGGUUUUGCAGUCUCUGGAACAGCAGGGAAGGAUGUAGUUGCUUGUCUGAAUCAAGCUUUGGAAAGAAAAGGUUUAGAUAUGAGAGUCUCUGCCUUGGUUAAUGAUACUGUUGGGACUUUAGCUGGUGCUCGCUAUUGGGACAAAGAUGCAAUGGUUGCUGUAAUUUUAGGAACUGGAACAAAUGCAUGCUAUGUUGAAAGUGUGGACACCAUUCCAAAACUAAAAGGUGUUCUGCCUGCAUCUGGGAAAAUGAUAAUCAACAUGGAAUGGGGAGCAUUUUCAACUGGACUUCCUUUAACCGAGUUUGAUGAAGCCCUUGAUGCUGCAAGCAUUAACCCUGGUGAGCAGAUACUUGAGAAGACAAUCUCAGGCAUGUACCUGGGAGAAAUUGCAAGAAGAGCUCUACAUAAGAUGGCUGAAACAGGUGAUCUGUUUGGUGGUUCUGUCCCAGACAAGCUUGCUGCACCAUUUACAUUGAGGACUCCCGAUCUCUGUGCUAUGCAGCAGGAUGCAUCGUCAGACCUUGAAGUCGUCAGUUCAAUCUUGAAUACUGUCACUGGGGUUACUGAUUCCUCAUUAAGUGCUAGGAAGAUUGUCACUGAGGUGUGUGAUACAAUUGUGAAGCGUGGAGGGCGGUUGGCUGGUGCAGGCAUUGUAGGGGUCCUGCAGAAAAUGGAAGAAGAUUCAGAAGGCCAAAUAUUUGGCCAAAGAACUGUUGUAGCCUUGGACGGAGGCUUGUACGAGCAUUAUCCCCAAUAUCAAAAGUACAUGAAGGAAGCUGUCUCUGAAUUGCUUGGACCAGAGAUGUCAAGACAUGUGGUCAUAAAACACUCAAAGGAUGGAUCUGGAAUUGGUGCAUCAUUGUUAGCAGCUGCAAACUCGAAGUAUGUGCAGUAGUUACUUGUCUAAGGCAGGUUUUUCUUUUUUCUGUUUUUUCCCAUUCAAAAUUUUUUGACCAUGCAAAACCCUGAGGAACUACUGGCCGAGAUAAAGAGAGAAAUGUUGUGCUCUCUACUGUCGUAAUAAUCUUGUACUAUAUAACAUAAUUCAAGAUUGGAGAUCUCAUGUAUUUGGGAGGUGAUGGCAGACUACGACUCUGGAGCAUCAGGGUUUCUUUGUCAGCUGUCACGUAAAUUGUAAUUGCUCUUGCACUUUGUAAACUUUUGGCAUGUUCUGAUGUGCCAUCACUAAUAAGGAUUCCUAGUAUUUUUUGGCA